AUGCUGCUGGCUGUUCUGCUGCUGUUGCUGCCCCUCCCAGACCCAUGGUCUGCCCGUGGGCACCCUCUGUACAUGCGCCUGCCCCCCAGCACACUGCAAGUUCUGUCGGCCCAAGGGACCCAGGCUUUGCAGGCUGCACAGAGGAGUGCCCGGUGGGCGGUGCAGCGGGUGGCUAUGGAGAUCCAGCACAGACUGCAUGAGUGCCAAGCUUCAGGACCUCGGGGUCCCAGGCCUCAAGUUCCCCUACUCCAGGACCCACCUGAGUCAGGGUCGUGUGGCCAGCGGCGCCCAGGAACCACCAACGUGACGCGGGCCCAAGGCCGCAUCGUGGGGGGCAGCGCGGCGCCGCCAGGGGCCUGGCCCUGGCUGGUGAGGCUGCAGCUCGGAGGGCAGCCUCUGUGCGGCGGCGUCCUGGUGGCGGCGUCCUGGGUGCUCAGCGCCGCGCACUGUUUCGUGAGCGCCCAGAACGAGCUUCUGUGGACGGUGACGCUGGCCGAGGGGUCCCGGGGCGAGCAGGCCGAGGAGGUGCAGGUGAACCGUAUCUUGCCCCACCCCAAGUUUGACCCGCAGACCUUCCACUACGACCUGGCCCUGGUGCAGCUGUGGACGCCCGCGAGUCCGGCGGGGCCCGCGCGCCCCGUGUGCCUUCCCCAGGCGCCCCGGGAGCCCCCCGCCGGCACCGCCUGCGCCAUUGCGGGCUGGGGGGCCCUCCGCGAAGAUGGGCCUGAGGCUGGGGCGGUGAGGGAGGCCCGCGUGCCCCUGCUCAGCACAGAGACCUGCCGAAAUGCCCUGGGGCCCGGGCUGCGCCCCAGCACCAUGCUCUGUGCCGGCUACCUGGUGGGGGGCAUCGACUCGUGCCAGGGUGACUCUGGAGGCCCCCUGACCUGUUCUGAGCCCGGCCCUCGCCCCAGGGAGGUGCUGUACGGAGUCACCUCCUGGGGGGACGGCUGCGGGGAGCCGGGGAAACCCGGGGUCUACACCCGCGUGGCCGUGUUCAGAGACUGGCUCCUGGAGCAGAUGAACGCGGCCCCCUCCAGCCGCGAGCCCAGCUGCAGGGAGCUUCUGGACGGAGACCCGCCAGACGAGCCGCUGGCUGUCGCGGCCUCUGCCUGCGCCUUCUACGCGCGCUCGUGCGCUGGGUCCGGCGGCGCCUGUGCACACCAGGCGCACCAACAGUGCCUGCAGCGCCGGCGGCGAUGCGAGCUGCGUUCCCUGGCGCACACUCUGCUGGGCCUGCUUCGGGACGCCCAGGAGCUGCUCGGCCCGCGCCCGGGGCUGCGACGCCUGGCCCCGGCCCGCCCUGCGCCGUCGCUGUGGGAGCCACUAGGGCACCCUGCCCGCGAGCGGCGACGGCAGCGAGGAUCGCUGGCUGCCGGCGCUCGCUCCCCUAGACGGAGACCAGAGCCGCGCCGGGAAGGGAACGGCUGCCCUGGGCUGGAGCCCCUGCGACAGAAGCUGGUGGCCCUUCAAGGCACCCAUGCCUGGAUCCUGCGGGUGCCCUCUGAGCGCCUGGCCAUGGACUUCCACGAGGUCCUGGCCGAUCUGGGUUCCAAGACGCUGAGUGGGCUCUUCCGUGCCUGGGUGCGGGCAGGCCUGGGGGGCCGGCACCUGGUCUUCGGUGGCCUGGUAGGCCUGGAGCCGGCCACGCUAGCGCGGAGCCUCCCCUGGCUGCUGGCCCAGGCCCUGCAGGCCUUCCGCUUGGCAGCUCAGGCAGAGGGAGAGCUGGAGGGACCCUGA